AGUUCAACUUUUUGUAACAAAACUUGACGUAGUUGCAAUAGUUACUUCUGGUUAUACUGUAGCUAUAAUUUGGUUGUGUACUUUCAAGUUUUAUUACUGUUUCAAAUAUCGAAAAUCACUUGCAAGAUUAUUCGAAGAUGUUAAUAACGAAAUUUUCCAACCUACUGAUGAAGAAUCGAUUGAAGUUGUCAAAAGAUCAUUUAAAUCAUAUAAAAUUGCAAAAACUGGAUUGGUAAUGAUGUGUACAACAGCCGUAUCAGCUUCGGUGUUAACACCAAUGCUACAUAAAAGCGAAGAUAUAGAAUCGAGAUUUCCAUUAAGAUUGUGGUAUCCAUUCAAAUUGGAUUUCGCAGCUUCUCCAACAUAUGAAUUGGUUUAUAUCCACCAUGCUUCAUUGGUAGUCUACUCUACUCUGAAUAAUAUAUUUUUGGAAAUAAUAGUAGCCGCUUUUACAACGUUUGUUGGAGCUCAAUGCGACCUUAUUUGCCACAAUAUGGAAACAGCUACAGAUCUCAAAAUGUUGAAAAGAUUUAUUUUCCAUCAUCAAAGUAUCGUCGAUUUCGCAAAACGAGCCGAGGACGUUGUUACAGAGAUGUACCUCUUUCAAUUCGGUGCCACUACCAUUUCAGUCUGUAUGACUUUGUUCCUUUUAUCAGUGGUAGACAAACAUUCGUUCGAAUUUUUUUUCUUCACGAUGUUCAAUUUUGGUAUAACUCUACAGCUUCUUUUACCUUGCUGGUUUUCAACUCAAAUGGAAUCUAAAAGCCAGAAAAUACCAUUCUGCGUGUACUCGCUACCCUGGCAAGACGCUCCAAAUCAUCUGAAGAAAGAUGUUUGUUUCUUUUUGUCUACAACCCAGGAAUUCAUAAUACUCAGAGUAAUGAAUAUGUUCACUUUAUCAGUGGAUACUUAUGUAAAAAUUCUGAAAUCAUCGUUUUCUUAUUAUACAGUUUUGAAUAGUUUCAAGGGAGAAGAUUGAAGAAUACUUUUCAAGGAUCACUAUUAUUC